UAUGGAGUAUUUGGAUCAACAAUGGAAAUGGUUAUAAAUAAAUGUAAACAAUAUAAAAUAAACUCUUUAAUUAUGUAAAUUUUCUAGUGGUGGAGGAUCAUAUGAUGAAUUGGAUGGUAAGAAAAUUGGGAAGUGGAUAGAAAUUAAUGAAAAUUGCACUGAUGUGAUUAAUAGCGGCAAAUAUCAACAAGCUAUAUAAAUUGGAAAAUGGGAUUUUUGCGUCAAUUAGAGUGGAAAAUAUUAAUAGAUGUUAAACUAUUAUAAAAGUGUUUUAGUGGUGGUGGAUCAUAUGAUGAAGGAGGUAAAGGAAUUAAGAUUGGGAAGUGGAUUGAAAUAGAUGAAAAAUCAUUUAGUGUUUCUAAAUAACGAACUCACAUUGGUGAAUAUAUAAAUGGUAAGAAAUAUGGUGUUUGGAAAACUUUCUACGAUUAAAUAUAUUUGGAGUAUGAUUUUUAUUUUGAUAUUAGAGCUUGCUAUUUAUAUGAUCAAAUGGGAAGAAUUAACAAUAAAAACAUAAUGUAUAAUAGACAUUUAUUUCAGUAAGAAAGGAAUUACCUUAAUUGGAGAAACCAAACUUGGUAAGAAGGUUGGCAAAUGGGAAAUUUUGAGUGUAAAAAAUCAAUAUUUGUACUUUUUCUUAUUAAAAAAUCAAGUGGUGGUGGUUUAUAUAGUAAUGGCAUUAAGAUGGGGUUGUGGAUUAAAACAGAUUAUCGAAGCUAAAUAACUUAAAUUGGUGAAUAUAAAAAUGGUAAAAAGGUGGGGAGAUGGGAUAUGUGGGAAAACUAUUUUAAUGAUAAUUAACCAAAUAUAAAUAUGUAAUAUAUAUAAUAUUAGUGGUAUAUAUGUUUAGCGGAGGAGGAUCUUACGAUUAAGAAGGUCUAGGCAUUAAAAUAGGGAAGUGGACUUAUUAGGUAACGUUAUGGAGAUAUGACAAACGAACUUAUAUUGGUGAAUAUCAAAAUGGUAAUAAAGUUGGUGUGUGGAAAGAGUUUUCAGAAAGCAAUAGGUUUAUGUAUUCUAAAGCGUCAACAUUAAGGUCUUGUGUUUUAUAUGAUUUAAAUGGUAUAUAGAUAUAUGAAAGUUAAUUGUAAUAAAAAUUUGAUAAUUUAGGAAUAAUGGGGUUUUAGAGAUAGGAUAAGUUCAAAAUGGCAAAAAAUUUGGUAGAUGGGAAAUUUUGGGGAAAAACAAUGAAUAAAUGUAAAAUAAUAGAACAAAUUAAAUUAAGCGGUGGUGGAUCAUACCAUGAAGGAGGUGAUGGUACUAAGACUGGAAAGUGGGUAGAAGUAAGCGAGAUGAUUAUAGAUUAAAAAAAAUGGCUUAUUAGUGGAUACACAGGAGAAAAUUACAUAAUUUAUAUUGGUUAAUAUAAAAAUGGGAAAAAAGUAGGUAGAUGGGAGAGUUGGUUAAAAGAAGAUGAGCAUGUCUUAAUGUAAAAAAUUAAUAAAGAGAGAUAUUGUAAAAAAUGGUAGUGGUGGUGGACAUUAUGACCUAGAAGGUAAUGGCAAUAAGAUUGGGAAGUGGAUUGACUUAGAUGAUUAAUUUUUAAAAGGAAAAUAUGUAACUUAUAGAGGUUUGUAUAAGAAUGGGGAAAAGGUUGGUAGGUGGGAUAUUUUGAUUUCAGAUAUACACAAAGAUACAGAUGUUUAAUUGUAAAAAUUUUAAUUUAAAGAAAUCUUUUGAAAAUGUUAGUGGUGGUGGCCAUUAUGAUGAUGGAGGUAAUGGAAAUAAGAUUGGAAGGUGGAUUGACUUGGAUGAUUAAUUUUUAAAAGGACAAAAUUUAUCUCAUAGAGGUUUGUAUAAAAAUGGGAAAAAAGUUGGUAGAUGGGAUAUAUGGUUUUCAGAUUUACAAAAAGGAACAGAUGUUUAAAUGUAACAAUUUUAAUAAAAAGAAAUCUUAUGAAAAACGUGUUAGUGGUGGUGGAUCAUACGAUGAAGAAGGUCGUGAAUUUAAAAUUGGAAUGUGGAGAUAAAUAGACAGGUUUUAUUCGGAAAGUUUCUAUACAACUGAGAAUUGUGAAUAUGAUCACGGUAAAUAGUUGACAAGUAGGAUAAGUUUUAAUCAAAACAGUAGUAUUAAUACAUACAAGAAUAAUAAGAUGAACUAUAUUUGA